CUCUGUGUUGGAAUCUCUGAACCAAUGGCCACGGUCAGUCCUCGUUUCGCUUCCGCCAUUAAAAUAUCGCCAUGUAGUAUUGCUAUUGCCUUAACCUCUUUCUAGCCUUUUCUUUUCUAGGGUUUCUAUUACUCAUUUCAUCACAAUCUCUGCUCUCUCUCUCUCUCCCUUCGACACCCACCACCUCUUGAUUUCUAGGGUUUGAGAAUUCGAAUUCGUGGUCUUUCGUCGCCAUUUUCGGGCGAAAGAGCUUGAUUGCUACAAUUGUACUCGAAUCGUUCCCUACAUUUGCGUCAUGGUUUCAUUGUCUUCUGACCUGACAAGGACUUGAGACUCUACAUCUGACACUACGUAGCAAAAUUUUAUCUAGGUCCUGGUCAGAAUUGUUACUUCAUCGCAAUCUUCGAUCGUAAUUUAUUAGUUUGCUAACGGAAUGGACGACGGAGAGCUUGAUUUCUCGACCCAUGAAAUGUUUUCUAGUUCAAAUAUUGGUGAUCUCCCAAGCAGCUGUUCGAUGGAUAGCUUUUUUGAGGAACUUCUCAAGGAUACACAUGCCUGCACUCAUACCCAUACUUGCAACCCACCAGGCCCUGAUGAUAACCCUCAUACACACACUUGCUAUCAUGUGCACACCAAAAUUGUACCUGCUCAAUCUGAAGAUAAGAUUCCUAGUGAUGAUACUGCAGAAUCUGCCGACAAAAAGGCAAAGAAACGUCCGUCAGGCAAUCGGGAAGCAGUCCGCAAGUAUCGUGAGAAGAAGAAGGCACGGGCUGCGUCUUUAGAGGAUGAAGUUACUAGAUUGAGAGCUUUGAAUCAGAAGCUGUUGCAGAGGCUUCAGGGUCAGGCUGUGUUGGAGGCUGAGAUUGCAAGGCUCAAGUGUUUGCUUGUGGACAUUAGAGGUAGGAUUGAAGGGGAGAUUGGAGCUUUUCCUUAUCAGAAGCCGUCCAAGGGUGGAGAUGUGUAUCAGAAUCUAGCUAAUGCCAACUUGCCGGGUGCAUAUGUGGUGAAUCCUUGUAACAUGCAAUGUGAUGAUGAGGCUUAUUGCCUUCAUCCAGGAGUGGAGGGGAAAAAUGGAGAAGGCGCAGCAGUAAGCGGACUAGGUCUUGGAGGUUGUGAAUUUGAGAGUAUGCAAUGUUUGGGGAAUCAAAAUUCUGGAUUGAAGGAGUUCCCUGGUUGUGGACUUGAGAAUGGUGUGCCUACUGUCAAUCAUUCCAAUGGAAAUAAGAAAAAAGGCUGCAGCUGAUCCCUUCUGAAUUAUGGAAAAUUGGAAAUGAUGGAGUCAAUUUUAAAAAUUCAAGGAGGAGGACGUACAGCAACAGCUAGUUGAAGAACUUGUACGGCGGAAGUACCUCUUUUCUUGAAGUUAAUUAUGUUCUUUCUCUAUACCCAACUGUUGGGUUGUUGGAAUCUCCUACACUAAUAAGACAGUAUCAGCUUGGUUUGCUGCUCUCUAUGUAGUGAUUUUAUCUGUUUCUGUUCAUCAGGUUGUCUUUGUAAAGUGUAACACUUGCAGGAGUGAUGGAUUUUGGUUUUUUUUGCUAUGCAGCUUUGAAUGCUUUUCUUCGUCAGCCUUUGCUAUUAUUUACAGAGAUGCAAAAAUUAGUUAUUCUAAUUAUCUGAUGGUGUUGUUUGCGUUUUUUGUUUUGAUC